AUGCCUUCCCCAUUCCAGCAGAAGUACUCUUCCCAGACCCACAAGGUCUUUGGAGACAACACCACUCCAGCCAUGCCAGAGGCACCUAAGCAAGAGGCCGACCGUCGCUCCUCAGAGUCUUCGGUUGGUUCUUCGUCUUAUGAUGGACGUCGCAGGUCUUCGGCCGCUCAGCGAUUCGGAAACCUAGAGGCCCUGAAGCGUCGUCAAGACGAAGAGAGCAUGGCUCGAAGGCAGUCAUUCCACGACGCAUACGGAAAGCCAGGUUUCCUUGGAACUCUGUGGAACAACUUCACCCGCGGUCCCAUGAACACACCUAGUCAGAAGUAG